AUGGCCUGGAGUUUCCACGGGAAAGCCCAGCUUGGGGGACUGCUCCUCUCCCUCUUCGGCUGGGUCUGCUCAUGUGUCACCACCAUCCUGCCCCAGUGGAAGACUCUCAAUCUGGAACUGAACGAAAUGGAGACCUGGAUCAUGGGGCUUUGGGAGGUCUGCGUGAAUCAGGAGGAAGUUGCCGUGUGCAAGGCCUUUGAGUCCUUCUUGUCUCUGCCCCGGGAGCUCCAGGUCUCCCGAAUCCUCAUGGUAGCCUCCCACGGGCUGGGGCUACUGGGGCUCCUGCUCUCUGGCUGUGGGUCCGAAUGCUUCCAGUUUCACAGGAUCAGAUGGGUAUUUAAGAGGCGGCUUUGCCUUCUGGGAGGGACUUUGGAAACAUCUGCUUCAGCCACUACCCUCUUUCCAGUCUCCUGGGUAGCCUACGCCACGAUCCAAGACUUCUGGGAUAACAGCAUCCCUGAGAUUGUGCCUCGCUGGGAGUUUGGAGAUGCCCUCUACCUGGGCUGGGCUGCUGGUAUUUUCCUGGCCCUUGGUGGGUUACUCCUCAUCUUCUCAGCCUGUCUGGGAAAAGAAGACGUGCCCUCUCUCCAGAUGGCUGGCCCUAGAGCCCCGCCGUUCUGUGCCCCAGCAAAUGAGUCCAAUGACUCCUUCUAUCUAACACCAAGACCUAGGAACCUGUUCAUCUAG